CAUUAGCCAUUGCUAUUAUUACGCUCACAGCUGUAUUUACUAGCAGACCCAGCAGCUGGACCUUCACGUUGUAUUUGCGUUCUCUGCUGUUUUGACAGUCGAUAGAAGAAGAAAACACCUAAGCAACCAACUUCACUUUUUCUGAAUUUGACCUGCGCAGGCCCUAAUACAGUAAUCACUAUUUGAAAUGUCGCAAGCUGAAAAAAUUGAUGUUUCUGGAGAUGGUGGAGUAUUGAAAGAAAUUUUGAGGGAAGGACGCGGAACAGAACGCCCAAUAAUUGGUUGCACGGUUUUCUUGCACUAUACUGGAAAAUUGCUUGAUGGUACCGUAUUUGAUACGACUAUAGGACGCUACCCGUUUGAGUUUGAUUUGGGAAAGGACCAAGUGAUAAAGGCUUUCGAUGUGGCAGUGGUUACAAUGAAAGUAACAGAGAAGUGUUUAUUGACUUGUGCCCCUGAAUAUGCGUAUGGUGCCACUGGUAGCCCACCAAUCAUUGCACCAAAUACCACACUACUAUUUGAGCUGGAAAUGCUCGGUUGGAAAGGUGAAGAUAUAAGCCCAAAUGGAGAUGAAUCCAUUGAAAGAUUUAUUUUAGAACGUAGUGACAGGAAACGAUCACCUGUGGCAGGUGCCUUGGUUAAAGUUAAUCUAAUUGGAAAAUAUAAAGGAAAAACUUUUGAACAGCGCGAUGUUGAGUUUGAAUUCGGCGAAGGUUGUGAUUGUGGGGUUAUAGAAGGAGUUGAAAUUGCACUGGAAAAAAUGUCUGUUGGAGAAACUUCAAAAUUAAAAAUUCGUAGUAAAUAUGCUUUCGGAAAUAAAGGAAACGAAGAUUUCAACAUUCCACCAAAUUCUAAAGUUGAGUACAUUGUAAAACUUAUUGAUUGUGCAAAGGGUAUCGAGGAGUGGAAGUUGACAGAACAGGAGAAACUAGAACAUGCCGCGUUGUAUAAGAUAAAGGGAACAAAGUACUUCUCGAAGCAAAGUUAUGUUUUAGCAUUAAAAAUGUAUAAAAAGUGCGCCGAUUUUAUUUCGGAUGUUGAUAAUGAUGAAUCUAAAAAACUGAAAAUUGCAGCAAAUAGCAAUAUUGCUUUAUGUUAUCAGAAAACCAAUGAUCACUUUGAAGGGAAGCAGGCGUGCAUUGAAGCGUUAAAACUAGAUCCCUUAAAUAUUAAAGCACUUUAUCGUCGAGGACAAUGUAAUUUAGCUACUAAUGAGUUUACAGAGGCUCUGGAAGAUUUCAGAAAGGUUAUGGAAUUGGAGCCAACAAACAAAGCUGCCAUGAAUCAAAUAAAAAUAUGUAAACAACGUAUUAAGGAAGAAAAUGACAAAGAAAAACAAAUUUAUGCAAAUAUGUUCAAGAAAUUAUCUGCCGCUGAUAAAGAGCCAACUCCAAGUACCGAGCCUGACGUUUUAACUAAAUGUGGCGAAUGGACAGAUGAAGAUGCCAAGCGUGAAGUCGACCUGGCUUUCGAAAGAGAUAAUAAUAUUGUUAUGAUCUAAUUCUAUUACUACAUAUUCUAAAAACAAUUAUUGUAGUUAAAUAAACAUAAAAAUUAAUUAGUGAAGAUA